CAGAAAAAGCCGGGUCUCUCUCUCUCUCUCUACCUAUCUCACCAAUUCCACACUCCACUGAGGAGUGAAGAAAAACAAAACAAUAAAGACAAAGGGACCCUUCGCGCAUUGUCGACAACGUAGCCAUGAAGAAGUCCUUGAAUCCGGAACUUGAGUCCAAACAUUGAAUUCCACUCCCAUAGAAACACACAAAAAACUGCUCAACUAUACCCGUUACGGUUCUGGUUUUUUUCUGCGUGUUCCAAGAGACAAGCUUUGGAAUUUUCAUGGGGUUUCAUCCGGGUUCUUCUUCAAUUAGAAAACCCACCAAGGACUAAGCUUUUCCUUGUUCGAUUCUAUAAUUCCGCUAAUUUGGUUUUUGGUAGGGUUCUCUCCUUUGUCCGUUAAUGCUCCAUGGUUUGCUCCAUAAAGUUGUGUUGAAUUAGUGGAAAUUCUUUUACUCUUCAGUUUCUGAGAUGAAGCUUGAGCUUCCAAUCAAUUUUUUAUUUUUAUUUUUUGUAAUUUCCUUUCUUUUUUUUUCUUUUUUUUUUUAACUUAUCCAUUCUGCUUUCCGUGUGGGAUCUGCAGAAGUUGACUCUGAAAUCAUCUUAAUUAUAUAACCCAGUUCCUUUUGCUAAACGUUGUGUUUUGAAUUUGUGUUUUCUUCUUCAUUCCGUGUUCAUUGGCUAUCUCUUGCAUAGUAAAGUGUGAGAUGUUGAUUAGUAAGAGCCUGAAACGUUUGUUUUGUUUAAUUGAAUUUGUCUGUGACUCUGACUGUUACUGACCACACUUUUCUUUAUUUCCAAAUUCCUAAGAUUGUUGUUGUUCUUGUUACAUGGGAUCUAUGUUUCAAGAAGAAGGGUCAUCUUCUGUAACUUCUUCACCUCUACAGUUCUUCUCUAUGAUGUCACUUUCACCUAGCAUAGGAUCUCCCUACCCAUUUCUUAGAGAAUUGAAAUCUGAGGAAAGGGGUUUGUACUUGAUCCAUUUGUUGCUCACUUGUGCAAACCAUGUAGCUGCUGGUAGUCUUGAAAAUGCAAACAUCACACUUGAGCAAAUUUCCCAACUUGCUUCGCCUGAUGGUGAUACUAUGCAGCGAAUUGCUGCAUACUUUACCGAAGCACUUGCUGAUAGGAUAUUGAAAACGUGGCCUGGCCUCCACAAGGCCCUCAAUUCCACCAGAAUAAUUAUGGUUUCUGAAGAAAUUCUUGUCCAGAAGCUCUUCUUUGAUCUUUUCCCUUUCUUGAAGGUAGCAUAUAUUCUGACAAAUCAAGCUAUUGUUGAAGCUAUGGAAGGGGAGAAAAUGGUACAUAUAAUUGAUCUCAAUGCCUCAGAACCUGCGCAGUGGAUUGCUCUCCUCCAAGUUUUGAGUGCACGUCCUGAAGGCCCUCCCCAUUUGAGAAUUACUGGGGUUCAUCAGCAGAAAGAGAUUCUGGAUCAGAUGGCUCAUAAACUUACUGAAGAAGCAGAAAAGUUGGAUAUCCCAUUCCAAUUCAAUCCUGUAGUCAGCAAGUUAGAAAAUCUUGAUUUUGACAAACUUCGUGUGAAAACUGGGGAGGCACUAGCAAUAAGUUCUAUUCUGCAAUUACAUUCCCUUUUGGCCUUGGAUGAUGAAGCCUUGCGGAGAAAAUCUCCUCUUCUGUCAAAAAACUCAAAUGGAAUUAACCUGCAAAAAGUCCUGCUAAUGAACCAAAACACAUUGGGGGAUUUGCUUGAAAAAGAUAUGGUUAAUGGCUAUACCCCAAGUCCUGAAUCAGCCUCAUCUUCACCGGGAUCUUUAACUGCUUCAAUGAAUGCGGAGAAUUUUAUUAGUGCCUUAUGGGGAUUAUCACCAAAGGUCAUGGUUGUAACUGAACAAGACUCUAAUCAUAAUGGUUCGACUCUGAUGGAGAGGCUACUAGAAGCUCUACAUUCUUAUGCGGCAUUGUUUGAUUGUUUGGAAUCCACUGUAUCAAGAACAUCAUUGGAGAGAUUCAAGGUGGAGAAGAUGCUUUUUGGUGAGGAAAUCAAGAACAUUAUUGCUUGUGAGGGAGCUGAAAGAAAGGAAAGACAUGAAAAGCUUGAUAAGUGGCUUCAGAGACUUGAUUUAUCUGGGUUUGGGAGCGUGCCUUUAAGCUAUUAUGGUAUGUUGCAGGCACAGAGGUUCCUGCAGAGCUGUGGUUGUGAGGGAUAUAGGAUGAAGGAUGAAAAUGGUUGUGUAGUAAUUUGCUGGCAGGAUAGGUCCUUGUUUUCAAUAACAGCUUGGAGACCUAGGAAGUAAGAUCAAGUUCUGAAAUGAAAAAGAAGAAAAAUAGAGAUGAAGUAGUGAUGGGUAGAGUCUUGAGGUUUUUAAUUUUUCUUUUUCUUUUCUUUGUUUGUAUGAAGGAGUUUUGCCAAUAUUGUUGUAAUAACUAUUUAUCAAGAUCAGUUUAGAGAUACUUCUAUUUCCCAAUUAAACUCCAUCAA